AUGACACCUCUUCAGGAUCCUGUCGCUUCUGCACCAUCUGACUGGGUUCGCACGCACCUCAACCUAUCCGCGCCCACACCACGAACCUUGAGGUUUUUGCGAGCUGUUCUCGGUCUUGCUUCCUUCGACGAAUGCGAAUCUAAAGCCACUUGUGCUUCAACCAAAAAGGCUAGACAAGUAAAAGGCUCCAGCAUAAGUCGGCCACCCAUCAGACACGCAACUAGAAACAGACAAAAGCCAGGCGCAGUAAUCCAGAUUCAUGAGACCAAUGACGAGAAGAUACCGCGUCUGUCGGAGACUGAGCGACGAAAGAUUGCGACUGACACAUUCAAUUCCACAUUGAAGUGUCUUGGAGAGACCGCCAAAGCUCUUAGAGAAGCUCCAGCAAGCAAAACUGAAUCGUCUGUCAACCCCAAUGAUGGACCACUUCAAGAACGGUCACCGAAUAAGGAACGCAAAAAGCCCGCCCUCGACUCCAAGAAGAGCACCAUCUGCAACGCCCCAACGGACUCGGGCUUACUGGCAGAUCUUUCCUACUCCGCAUUGCUGUUUUUGAGACGAUCUAAUCACAAAGAUGUAGUGUCCACCGCAGGCAACAACGCGGGGCUCGAGAACGCCGCACUGAUCCUGCUAGACAGAAGCAUCUCGUUGAAUCUCAUCGAGCAAGCACAACGCCAGCUCUGCGAUAUCCACGAAAGAUACUGGGGAGAUGAGGUCAGAAAGAAAUCUUCAUCUCAAUCAAAUAUCGCGAAGCUUCUGCUAGGGCGACCAGAUGCUGCAGAUGAAGAUCGAAGGUUCCGAUUCACAGCAUCGUUGCAGAGUCAGGCUCUGCGCCUUGCUCUACUGGUUGGGCCCAAAUGCAUCGACUCCGAGCUUCUUAAGUCACUUCAGCCGGACGCUAUUGGGAGUCCAGCCUGGGUUACGUCAAGAGCACUGGAAAACCAACUCCUGACAUCAGAACAGUCUGGCUUACAGCUUCGCACCAUAUCUCUUGCAUUGUCUAAGCUGUAUGCUCUUGCUACGAGCUCAAAAGGAGAGAAUUCGUCACCCCUGGAUCUUUUCAAACUGUUUUGCUUGUCGUUACGUAUCAAGUUCGAAUCGUGGGUUCACUCUGGUCACUUACCCAACCCGCCGACAGAAGUAUGGCACCCGCUUCACAGAGCGAUCAAGCAGCUAUUUGCAACCACCAAGGACCUAAAAGCGUCGACAGCUUACACGUUUCAGGCACUUUGUUCGAUUCAGAAGCUCACAAGGCCAUUCGAAUGCGAGUUUAACACACCCCCAGACUUGAUUGGCACUCUGUUACAAAUCAUUCGAGAUCCAGACGAAUAUCCUCAGCUCAUUGCUUUGGUGGAAGAGCGCCUUCGGCAAACAAGCGGCGCUUCGCAUCUGAUAUUGCGGUGUCAAAUCACAUUAUCACGCCUACGAGCUUCAAGUGGGUCAACAAAGACACUGGAGUCAUUAAAGACCAUGGGGAGUGCUCUUACGGAACCAAGAGAGCUACCUCCAGCUGACCUUGACAAAUUCCUACUGCUGCUGGCCCAGCUCCGCAAAGCCGCCGCCGAACUCAUUUCGUUUGACAAGACACGACCUCAUAUGGAAGCAAAUGGGCCAUUGACAGACUUUCAGACAGCUCUGAUCCGCUUUACCUAUUGUUCCUUCAACUUCUUACGCCGCCACAUCCGUUCAAUUCUGAUAUUGUCUUCAGAAAAUUCGAGCGUCGAGAAGCGCAAAGCCUUUCUAACUACCUUACUGAAGACUAUCGAUGCCGUCUUGUCCGCCGAACAAUUUGCUAUUACGCAAGACGCAGAUCUGGUGGCGGCGGCUUCAGAGGCUCUCGAAGACUGCUCAGCGGCAGUCCAGACUCUUCAAGUCGAGUGCGCUGCCUUGAUGACGCAGUGUAGACUGGAGACGUCGCUAAAUCAGCUUAGAGUACGGAUAUCUCAGUUAUUUUGGGCACGGUACUUGGAAGCCGUCAAAGAGAGCAAAACCCCGUUGGAACAGUCGAGGAUUCUGGGCAUGUCACUCCUCGGUCUGUUGGACUUGCCCCUGGCCGAUCAAAAGGUCGCGCAUGUCGCACUCAAAUAUGAAAGGCUGGCAGCUUGCUACUUGGAAGAGCGUGACUUUCGAACGGCCGAAACCGCCCUUCGUACUGCCAUCGAAAUCAGCAUUAAGGACGGCGUCCUCGGUGAUGUUGCGGAUCUGCUUCUGUCCGUGUCAUUUCACCGGGCGUGGUCACAUUCAGAUUUGGGAUGCAAAGCCUUGGGAAGAGUUCUAACCACCUAUUCUAAAGCAAUCCUUGACUAUACGCCGAUAAGCGAGAGCGAGAGCGAGAGCGAGAGUCAGGGCUUUUAUGACGACCCGUCAUUACCUUCAUUACACCGUGCGGUGCUGCUUGAGAAACAGUUACUUGCAAUGGUCGACCUAGGCAUGAAUGAUCACGGAGUCGAUCUAUGUGCGACAAUGGCGAACACCCUGCUGUCACUGUUGCCACAACCGGUAUAUCAGGUGUAUAGCAUGAGGGUUAUCAAUCAGCUAUUGCAGCUCGCUUUGAAGAAGAAAGUGCCAGUUUCGGCCACUGUCAUCAACUCCUCUGUCAUUCGCAGAAUACUCGAUGCUGACCUUGCGGCUGAAAAUGUCUUCCUGUCGAGAUAUGAGCCAGAACUUCGUUCGCUCCUCUCCCUCCAAUACGGGUUUUUGACCGGAGUGCUUUCCAACCAAACGGUGUCGCAAGGGGUAAAACAACUGUGCGAGAUCGUUCGGACCUGCAAGACUCACCAAGAGACACAUGUGAAAUGUCUUGAUGUAGGAGCAUAUAUCGCACCGCUUCUGCUCUCUGUGGAAUACGCGGCAAUUCUCGGAAAUUAUGAUGUUAGCCUGAUGGCCCUGGAAGCUUUGCAACAUUUGGUGGAACUUGGAGUUCCCAUUCAAGAGAUAUCAUACAAGAGGAUCCUCCUCCGCAAAGGUCAAUUCCACGACUUGCUCAAGGAUCCUCAGUCUGCCCAGAAGGCUUUCGCCACGAUCGAGAAUGCCACUCAGGAAGAGAGCGACCCAUUGUUCGAAACCGAACUGGCACUCACCUACUCGGAACAUCAUCUGUAUGCGGAAGAUCUUGAUGCAAGCAACAAGUGGCUGGUGAUUGCUCGAAAUGCAUGGCAGGCUCGGGAAAGGCCAGGAAACUCCAAGUCGACCAAGGCCAGGUUGCGAGAACAGAUUAUGUGGUGCAGAGCUGCUCAUUUGGCAUCAAGGCUGGCUUUUGAGUCAAGUCAGCUUGUGGACGCCAUCGUUCUCGCACGACAAUCGGCUAAAAUCUCAGCUACUAUCUGGUCUUCAAUCGAAAGGGUCUGUGCUUCCGCACCUCCCGCGCAUUCGAAUGGAUCAUUAGAUCAUGAAUUACACUGCGUCUCCUUCGAACUCUCUAGGCUCGACUUAUCCUCCCCACCUUCGGUACGAUUGACGUCGAGCGCAGUCGUUCUUGGGUCCGACGUCUCAUUGUGCUGCUCAGUGUUCAGCUACAUGGCAUUUUUAAAUGCUCAUUGCGGGGUUUAUCAAGAUGCCGUUAUGUUUUAUGAGCAGACGCUGAAGAUUGCCCGAAAAUGGGGGCAUUCUAUUCAUACCAUUAUUGCACUGAGUGAGCUGGGUCUUCUUCAUGCACGAGCUGGCCAGGUCGAGAAAGCACAAAAUAGACUUCAGGAGCUGCCACAGAUCGCCAGGGAUUAUCAUGCGAGCUGGAUACGGGGUCAUGUGGCCCUUAACCAAGUUGAAACGUGUCUAAUCCUUGGGGACGGUUCAGCGGCCUCUCGGUGCUUGAUCGAGGCUAAGCAGCUCCCAGUUGACACGGAAUCCGCGUCCAUGGAGCUGGGUGUGAGCGGGCCUCUAAAGGACAGAUCCGUCUGCGCUUCUGCAAAGCCAACCGGGAGGAAGCGCGGCGUCAAAGGACAGAAAGGAAGUGCUCAAGUCAAACGUCCACCCAAAGAGUGCCCGUCAGCUUCCAAAUCCACUUUGGAUCUGAGCGGCUUCAAUGCGAGAAUCUCAUUUCUGGAAUCUAGACUUCAGAUAUUCCUUGGAUGCGCAAACGCGGCGGAUCGCUUCGACACCAGCUUGCUGUGUGACAAAGACGACGAUAGCCGUAAAACCACAUCAAUUGCUCUCAGCUUGGUCCAUUCUGCGCUCAGAAGUUUCUCGGAAGAUUCCAUACAUAACGUGCUGGCCGAAACAGCCGUUGCCAUUCCAGUAAGGUAUCGAUCAGCGAGAAAAAGUGGCAGGGUUUCAUUGAUACAAGGUGGAGCCUCUCGGACUUUUGGUGAAAAGGACCAGGACCAAAAGAAGAGGUCAAGGCAAAAACAGGCGGCAAAGACAUUCAAGGACGGAACGGCCCUGUUGCUUCAGGCCUACGAUAUCCUCCGGGAAGUAAGCAACAAGAAGCAAAAUCGAGUACCUUGCGACAUUGUUCACACAUGCCACAAACUCCUUAUCCAGAUCAGUCUGCUGUCAUCGGCUCUGAACCAACCAUUGGUCAGCUCUUCUUCGAAUGUCGUGUUGAAUAUGACAACUCCACUUGAUGUCGCUCUGACGCGUGAACGCUUUGUGACUUUAGGCGAGCUCAGUGCAGCCAAGAAGAUGAGCACGGAAAGUUGGCCCAGUGCACACAACAGUGACAACAGCCAUAUACGUCUGAUGUCAGAUAAACUGCUGGAUUAUGACACAAGCCUCCUGCCAGCAUCAUGGUCGGUCAUAUCCCUCGGACUCAAUGAGGACAGAAAUGAGCUUUUUGUCGCGCAGUUAGCGUACCAGAGGUCGCCGUUUGUUGUCAGAAUUCCCCUAGCACGGCCAGAUCCAUCAGAAGGAGACAGCGAGGAACUUGACCUGAAAAGUGCCAAAGCAGAGAUUCAAGAGAUCAUCAUGAAGGCAAAUGCUAGUGCCCACGAUGCGAGGGGCUCUUCGGUCGAUAAGUCUGUCAGAAAAGAGUGGUAUGUUGAGCGUCAAGCCUUGGAUCGUCAGCUUGCUACUCUUCUUGAGAAUAUCGAGAACAUUUGGUUCGGCGGAUUUCGAGGUCUACUCUCCGCAGGCCAUAUCGAAGAAGGUGAACUCAGAAAAUUCGGACGAUGCCUCACUUCAACAUUGCAUCGACACCUUCCCUCGAGGCAGAAAUCGUCAAAGUCGUGCGAACACGUGGUUGAACUCCAUGACCAUGUGCUGGAGCUCUUUGUGGCGCUCGGACAUCCUCGAGAAGUGGAGUUGGAGGAUGCAGUCACCGACCUAUUGUAUUUUGUUAUUGAUAUCUUGCAAUUCAACGGGGAGCGCAACGCAUAUGACGAGAUCGAUUUUGACGCCAUGUUGGUGGAAGUACUGGACGCACUACAUUCUUACCACGAUCAUCAAUCAGCCUCGCGAGACAAGCGGGGCCAUGUGAUUCUUGUCCUGGACAAAGAGUUGCAGGCAUUCCCCUGGGAGUCGUUGUCGUGCUUGAAGAAUCAAGGUGUUUCCAGGAUGCCCUCCAUAGCGUCCGUCUGGGAAAAGUUGAAAGCUAUUGAAGAUCAACGGCACGACCUCAAAGGUUAUAUGAUUCCGAGAACGGAUGGUGCAUAUAUCCUCAAUCCGUCUUCUGACCUAGUGGCCACUCAAGAAACCUUUGGCCAGAUUUUCGAGAAUCAGCUGUCUAACUACCGAGCCAUUGUGAAUCGGCAUCCUGCGGGAAAUGAGUUCGAGACGGCUCUGAGAGAUAGCUCGCUCAUGCUCUACUUUGGUCACGGAGGCGGUGGGCAAUACAUCAGACCUCGCACUAUCCGUAAGAUGGACAAGUGUGCGGUGACGUUGCUGAUGGGUUGCAGCAGUGCCAAAAUGACUGAAUGUGGAGUUUACGAGCCUCAUGGGAUGCCUUUGAGUUAUCUGAGUGCAGGCAGCCCGGCAGUGGUGGGAACGCUGUGGGAUGUUACCGAUCGGGACAUUGACCGUUUCGCCAUGGAGCUGAUGGCGCAUUGGGGAUUGAUCGACGCCGAUGCCAACUCAGGCGUGCCGACCCUCAACAAGGGCAGGAAUCCGAAAGCUGGUAAAGAAAAUGCAGCAAGGCACCAGUGUGGUGGGCAGAAAUCUGGCCAGAAAUCUCUUGAUGAGGCUGUGGCACACGCCCGCGAUGCGUGUUUACUGAAGUAUCUCAAUGGGGCUGCGCCUGUCAUGUAUGGGAUACCCGUCUUUUUGGGUUAG